ACACAGACUUGAAGAACGGCUACGUGCUUCCCGCCUUCCCACUCAUUGAACACUUCCCACCCACUCAGAAUUUCCCACUCCCACCGUCAAGUCCCUGACGCACAGCACACUAGCCAGUCAUGGGAACUUCAAUACCUUGGCGAGCUUCGACUGAAUCGGAUAGAGCUCCACCUUUUCCUAUAUAUAUCCUUCGCUUUCGAACCUUACAGCCAAUGUCGCUUGCAAGACAUCCAGAGAGUCACCGAAAUGCAGGCCACUAUUCGUGAUCUAGCACAUCGGACCAUCAUGUUUGGCGACUCAGGCACUCUAGCCAUUACGAUAUGGCCUCUGCUCCUCCUUUUGUUACUUUGGUUGGUCAAGACAGUUUACGCGGCCUAUUUCACCCCGUUGGCCUCCGUCCCGGGCCCUUGGCUUGCCAAGUUCACAGCUCUGCCGCUCAAGGUUCACGUUAUCAAGGCCAGAAGGGUGCAAUACAUCGACAACCUACACAAAAUCUACGGUCCAGUGGUCCGUAUCGCACCGAACGAGGUCGACGUAACAGACCUUGAUGGCUAUCGCGCAAUCCAUAAGAUCGGCAAUGGAUUUACCAAGAGCCAAUGGUACCCGAGGUUUCGAACAGCAUACCGUGACCAAGAUGUCUUCUCAGAGACGAAUAUUCAGAGCCACUCAGUCCGGCGCAGAAUCCUAUCCCGCCCGUUUUCGAAGUCGAAUUUGAGGCAAAACUGGGAAGCUCUUGUGCGUGAAAAGGCUCACUUGGCACUACGGAAAAUGAGGUCAAAGGCCGAGACUGGGGUAUGCGACAUCUUUGAAUGGUGGUCCUUCUUUACCACGGAUGUAAUCGGACAGGUUGCUUUUGGUGAAUCCUUCGGAAUGCUCGAGACGGGAAAGAAAGCAGGAUUCAUACAGCUGUUCGAAGACUUCUCGUUCAUCGCAACAUUACGUGCCGAGCUUCCCUUCGUAUACUAUAUACUCCGCCUGGCACCGAACUUCAUCUACGACGUCAAUGGUGACGAGAAAGAAAUCAUCCGUCAGGGCAAGAAAGUCCUACAGCGAGCAGGUGAGGGAUCAAUCGACAAGAAGAAUAUCUUUACAGGUCACCUCAGCGGGAAGGAGACCAGCGAGAAUUACAUCUCGGCUGAAAGCAUCGUCGUUGAAGCCACGGGAUUAAUCGGCGCUGGGGGUGGGACUACGAGUGUGACUCUGACAUAUCUCGUGUGGGCAGUCUUGUCUAAUCCGUGCAUACAACAGAGGCUCGAAGAUGAAGUCUCUACACUUCCAACCGACUUCACGGAUAACGAUCUUGAGUCACUCCAGUAUUUGAAUGCGGUCAUUCAAGAAACGCUGAGAAUGUACGGCCCAAUUCCAGGCAGUCUACGUCGCGUUGUCCCCAAUGCAGGCCUGCAAAUCGGACAAUAUUUUCUACCUCCGGGAACAGAGGUGUGCACACAAUCAUACAGUUUGCAUAGGAAGCCGGAGAUUUUCGAGAGCCCUGAAUUGUUCAAGCCCGACAGGUUCCUUCAGCAGAGGUACGCGGAGCAAGAGCAAGCCACUCCAUUUGCAGCCUUUGGUGCCGGCUCACGAGUGUGCCUCGGUAUACAUCUUGCCUACAUUGAACUCCGUGUGGCUACUGCAUUGUUCUUCCGGGAAUGUCGUGGUGCGCGACUGGCCCUAUCACACCUGGAUGACAUGGACAUGAUCAACUUCUUCGGUGGAUUUCCGAAAGGACGAAGCUGCAACAUUACCCUGCGAAUGCGGUAACUCUUACGGAAAGUGCCCAAACCGGUGUCGAAGCUCGGCGCGGCCACAGAUAUGUAGAUUUGUGCUCUCCUUAC